CCCAGGAACAAAGUCGCUAAGCUCUGUCACACCUUCAUCAAAGACGGAGCUAAAAUCCUGACUCACUCGUACUCCAGAGUGGUCCUGCGGGUUCUGGAGAAAGCUGCAGCGGAGAAGAAGCGCUUCUCCGUCUAUGUGACCGAAUCGCAGCCUGACGCCACAGGGCGGCAGAUGGCAGAGGCCCUGAAGAAACUCAACGUUCCAGUAACAGUAGUGCUGGAUGCAGCUGUAGGUAAGUACGUGUUGGAGAAGGUGGACCUGGUCAUCGUUGGAGCAGAGGGAGUCGUUGAGAGCGGAGGGAUCAUCAACAAGAUUGGCACCUAUCAGAUGGCUCUGUGCUCCAAGGCUCACAACAAGCCCUUCUACGUCGUUGCAGAAAGUUUUAAAUUUGUUCGUCUGUAUCCGCUGAACCAACAGGACGUGCCCGAUAAGUUUAAGUACAAAGCCGACACCCUGAAGAGCAUCCGGAACCUGUCGGAGGAGCACCCGGUCAUCGACUACACGCCCCCCUCCCUCAUCACCCUGCUCUUCACAGACCUGGGGGUCCUCACCCCGUCGGCCGUCAGCGACGAACUCAUCAAACUGUAUUUAUAACCGCGUCCCUUCGCUGAACAAUAAAACAGACGUUUAUGGUC